AUGGACCUUUCCAGACCCCGAUGCAGACGUUGGAGGGAGCUGGUUCUCCUGGCCAGUCUACUGGCCUGUGGGAUCCGCCACGCUUCCGGCCGAAUCUCCAUCGACCCAGAUUCACUCAUAGGAAUCAGGGGACUUCGGAGCGUCCUGGUCCUCCAGAAUGUCACCCAGGAUGCUCAAGAAUACAGCUGGCACCGUGGUGCAAAUGACACUGCGGAAAAUAUGAUUGUCAGCUAUAAACCUCCCUCCCACACCUGGCAGCACGGUCCCAUGUUCAGCGGCCGGGAGAACGUGACCAAGGCAGGUGACCUGGUGAUCAACACUUCUACACUAAAUGACACAGGGAACUAUACCGUGAGGGUGGACUUCGGCAAUGGGACCGAGACAGCCACCGGCUACCUCAAUGUUCAAGAGUUGGAAAAGAGGCCGGACAUCUGGGCUAACACCAGCACUGCGGUAGAGUACAUGGGUUCCGUGGCCGCGCAUUGCUCCACCAAUGCCACCGUUAUCAAGUGGUAUGUGGAUUAUGCACAGGUGUCCAGCAAUGACCGGAUGACAAUCUCCCCGGACCUCAAGACCCUUGUCAUCUACAAGGUCGGCCGCUACGACAGAACACUUCAGUGUGAAACAGCAAGUAUUCCAGAUUUUCCUCAGAGAAGUGAUCCUCUCUCUCUCACCGUGGCCUAUGGGCCAGACAAAGUGCAGCUGAGUACCAGUCACAUCAUCCUCAAUGGCGUCCUGGCUGCUAGGAUCGGCUCCCAGGUGCGCAUGUCGUGCCCCGCCACGUCCCAGCCCAAUCCCAAGUACCACUGGAUGCACAACGGCACCCGCCUGAGCGUCUCAGAGGCAACGGUCAUCCUCCCAAGUCUGUCCUGGGAGCAGAUGGGCAGAUACAGAUGCAUCGUGGAAAACCCCGUGACCCAGAUUGUCAUGUACCAGGAAUUCCAGAUCCGAGUGCAUACAGCAGAGCACAGUACUGUUGUGAGCAGCGGCUUCAGCAUCUCAGGAGCCAGAGUGGUGUGGCUCAUCGUGAUAACAGUCCUCGGCGGCGUCUGCCUCUGCGGAAUCCUGAUCUACGGCUUGGUCAGCCAUUUCUCCACUAGGUGCCUGUUGCCCUGGGUCAGGGGUGGGGCGCGGGCUGGGGACUGGGUCUCUAGGGCACUGCCCUAA